CGGUGUUUUCUGUAAGAGCUUACCAACUUCUGAGCGUCCCUUCGUGAUCCCCAAUUCCUAAACGUCUCGCUGAAGGAACUUUCCUUCUUCGAGUUCGUCUGUGCGGUUGAUUUUGUCGUCCCUCUCUCUCUCUCUCUACUUUCUCUCUCUAGAGCUUUUCUCUCGAGUUUCGGAUUCUCGCUCUGGGAGCUAAGUUCUGUUUUCAAGUGCUCAACAUCAAACAUGACGGUCACACCGAAAAUCUCCAUUAACGAUGGGAACCUUGUGGUUCAUGGCAAGACCAUAUUGACUGGAGUUCCAGACAACAUUGUGCUGACACCAGGAUCUGGUGUUGGUCUUGUUGCUGGGGCCUUCAUUGGUGCCACAGCCUCCAACAACAAGAGUCUUCAUGUCUUCCCCAUCGGGGUCUUAGAGGUUCUCCGGUUCAUGUGCUGUUUCCGAUUCAAGUUAUGGUGGAUGACCCAAAGAAUGGGGACAUGUGGUAAGGACGUUCCUUUGGAGACCCAAUUCAUGCUUGUGGAAAGCAAAGAUGAUGCUGAAGGAGACGAUGCCCCAACCAUCUAUACCGUCUUCCUCCCUCUGCUUGAAGGCCCCUUCCGUGCUGUUCUGCAAGGCAACGAAAAGAAUGAGGUCGAAAUUUGCCUCGAGAGUGGAGACAUUGCUGUCGAGACCAAUCAAGGCCUUUACCUUGUGUACAUGCAUGCUGGGACCAAUCCAUUUGAAGUUAUCAACCAAGCUGUUAAGGCUGUAGAGAAACACAUGCAAACUUUUCUUCAUCGUGAGAAGAAAAAGUUGCCUUCAUUCCUUGACUGGUUUGGGUGGUGUACAUGGGAUGCUUACUACACUGAUGUCACGGCUGAGGGUGUUGAGGAAGGGCUUAGAAGCUUAUCAGAGGGAGGAACGCCUCCACGGUUCUUGAUCAUAGAUGAUGGUUGGCAACAGAUUGAAGAUAAACCCAAGGAUGACAAUGCUAUUGUACAAGAAGGAGCACAGUUUGCAAGUAGGCUGACGGGUAUAAAAGAGAAUUCAAAAUUCCAAAAGAAUGGACAGAACAACGAACAGGUUUCGGGCCUGAAGCAUGUUGUAGAUGAAGCCAAGCAACAUCACAAUGUGAAAUUUGUGUAUGUUUGGCAUGCUCUAGCUGGAUACUGGGGUGGAGUUAAUCCAAAAGCUGCUGGUAUGGAGCACUAUGAUCCUGCUUUGGCAUAUCCUGUUUCAUCCCCUGGUGUUUUGGGAAACCAACCGGACAUUGUCAUGGACAGUCUGGCUGUCCAUGGCCUUGGUCUGGUACAUCCUAAGAAAGUUUUCAACUUCUACAACGAGCUUCAUUCGUACUUGGCCACAUGCGGAGUUGAUGGGGUAAAAGUCGACGUGCAGAACAUCAUUGAGACACUCGGUGCUGGUCAUGGUGGUAGAGUCUCUCUUACCCGCAGCUACAUCCAGGCUCUUGAGGCUUCAAUUGCUCGAAACUUUCCGGACAACGGAUGCAUCGCUUGCAUGUGUCACAACACAGACGGGCUCUAUAGUGCCAAGCAGACUGCUGUUGUGAGAGCUUCUGAUGACUUUUUUCCUCGGGAUCCCGCUUCUCACACAAUCCAUAUUUCAUCUGUAGCUUACAACACCCUUUUCCUUGGGGAGUUUAUGCAACCUGACUGGGAUAUGUUCCAUAGUUUACACCCAGCAGCAGAUUAUCAUGGUGCAGCCCGCGCGGUUGGUGGAUGUCCUAUCUAUGUCAGUGAUAAGCCAGGAAACCACAACUUUGAUCUCCUGAAGAAGCUCAUCCUUCCUGAUGGAUCCGUUCUCCGUGCACAAUUACCAGGGAGGCCAACCCGUGACUGUCUCUUUGCUGAUCCGGCUAGAGAUGGCACAAGUUUGCUCAAGGUAUGGAACGUGAACAAGUGCUCAGGUGUCAUUGGUGUUUUUAACUGCCAAGGUGCAGGUUGGUGCAAGGUCACCAAGAAGACCCGAAUCCACGAUGAAUCCCCCGGUACCCUUACUGGUUCCGUUUGUGCUACUGAUGUUGAUGCGAUAGCUCAAGUUGCCGCUGCUGAUUGGAAUGGAGAAACAAUAGUUUAUGCCCAUAAAUCAGGUGAGGUGGUGCGGUUACCUAAAGGAGCUUCAGUUCCUGUUACGCUUAAAGUUCUUGAGUACGAGCUCUUCCAUUUCUGCCCUCUCAAGGAGAUAACAUCCAACAUCUCAUUUGCUCCGAUAGGUCUCCUUGACAUGUUUAACUCCACUGGUGCUGUGGAGCAGUUUGAUAUCCACACUGCUUCCGACAAGAAACCGGAUCUCUUUGAUGGUGAAGUUUCCUCCGAGCUGACCACGUCUCUCAGCGACAACAGAUCUCCGACGGCCACAAUUUCUCUCAAAGUCAGGGGCUGUGGACGCUUCGGGGCUUACUCUUCCCAGCGCCCGCUGCAAUGCACUGUGGACAAUGCUGAAAGCAACUUCAUCUAUGACUCCGCCACUGGAUUAAUGACCCUUGCCAUCCCAGUCCCACAAGAGGAGAUGUACAGAUGGCAUGUGGAAAUCCAAGUUUGAGUGAAGAUCUAAUAUAAUCUAAAUAAUAUCAAAAUAAUCUCAUCAUUGGAUUGUUAGUUGGUCUUGGGAAAGGUUAGGGAUGGGGUUAAUACAUGGAUGUAAAGGUCUCAUUGUUGGGGAUAGAGAGAGAGACCUUAAUGGGGAGUGACAUGUUCUGGUUAACGUUGUUGUUAUCGAGUCAUUAUGUGAAAUAAAAAUGUCUAUCUUUUGAGUAUUAUGUAA